ACCUUUGGUUUGUUACCGUGAGCUUCGUGCAGAAGAUAGUCCGUAUCGGGAUGUGUGAUGCAGGGUUGCGGGUAGUGUACGGUUGACGCUAAAAUAACGUCAAUAUGUCAGGAUCUAUAGAAAUACCGCUCCGUGAUACAAGUGAAGAGGUGAUAGAACUAGAUUUGGACCAGCUACCAGAUGGCGAUGAACUUCUUGGUAUUCUGCGACAAGAACAUGCCCAGCUCAGUUACUGGGUUAGUCUUGCGUUGGAAUAUUAUAAGCAAGAAAAAAUUGAUGACUUCAUUAAGAUAUUGGAAGCAUCUCGGACAGAUGCUAACAUCGAUUACAGAGACUUCGAAAAAGACCAAAUGCGAGCUUUGGAUAUGCUGGCAGCAUAUUACGUACAAGAGGCCAAUAGAGAAAAGAACAAAGAUAAGAAGAGAGAGCUCUUCACUAAAGCGACAUUGCUCUACACAACAGCUGACAAAAUUAUUAUGUAUGAUCAGAACCAUCUUUUGGGUCGAGCAUACUUCUGUCUGUUGGAAGGCGAUAAAAUGGAACAGGCAGAUGCACAGUUUAAUUUUGUGCUAAAUCAGUCCCCAAAUAAUAUUCCAUCAUUGCUGGGUAAAGCCUGCAUUGCGUUUAACAAGAAAGAUUACAGAGGAGCUUUGGCUUUCUAUAAGAAGGCACUUCGCACUAACCCACAGUGUCCAGCUGCUGUUAGGCUUGGUAUGGGGCAUUGUUUCAUGAAGCUUGGAAAUCAGGAAAAAGCUAGGUUGGCAUUUGAACGUGCCUUGCAGUUGGAUGCACAAUGUGUUGGGGCACUUGUUGGAUUGGCUAUUUUAAAAUUAAAUCAACAAGAACCAGAAUCUAUCCGAACAGGAGUUCAGAUGUUAUCUAAAGCAUAUACAAUAGACUCAACAAAUCCAAUGGUACUAAAUCAUCUAGCAAAUCAUUUCUUUUUCAAGAAGGAUUACAACAAAGUGCAGCAUCUGGCACUACAUGCAUUUCACAACACCGAAAAUGAAGCAAUGAGGGCUGAAAGCUGUUACCAGCUAGCACGCGCAUUUCACGUUCAGGGAGAUUAUGACCAAGCCUUCCAGUACUACUAUCAGGCAACCCAGUUUGCUCCACCUUCCUUUGUUCUUCCACACUUCGGCCUUGGACAGAUGUAUAUCUACAGGGAGGACAAUGAAAAUGCAGCUCAGUGUUUUGAGAAAGUGCUUAAAGCCCAACCUGGAAAUUAUGAGACAAUGAAGAUUUUGGGUUCACUGUAUGCAAAUUCAACAAGUCAGUCAAAACGUGAUAUUGCCAAGAGUCACCUUCGAAAAGUAACAGAACAGUUCCCAGAUGACAUUGAAGCUUGGAUUGAACUUGCACAGAUCUUGGAACAGUCUGAUUUGCAGGCAUCUCUCAAUGCUUAUGGAACAGCAACCAAAAUACUUAAAGACAAAGUACAAGCAGAGAUACCACCAGAAAUUUUGAACAAUGUUGGAGCUUUGCACUACAGAUUAGGGAAUUUGGAAGAAGCAAAACAGAACUUGGAAGAAUCAUUAAAUAGAUCUAAAAUUGAAGCAGAGCAAGAUCCAAAAUAUUACAAUGCAAUAGCAGUAACAACAACCUACAAUUUAGCAAGGUUAUAUGAGUCGCUGUGUCAAUUUGAUCGAGCAGAAAAACUUUAUAAGGACAUCUUGAAGGAGCAUCCAAAUUAUGUAGACUGUUAUUUACGUCUUGGCUGCAUGGCAAGAGACAAGGGUCAGAUAUACGAGUCUUCAGAUUGGUUCAAAGAAGCACUGAGAAUUAACAACGAGCAUCCUGAUGCGUGGUCAUUAAUGGGAAAUUUGCAUUUAGCAAAAAUGGAGUGGGGUCCUGGCCAGAAGAAAUUUGAAAGAGUUCUUAAAAAUCCUGCUACAUCAGCAGAUGCAUAUUCCUUAAUUGCUCUUGGUAAUGUAUGGCUGCAAACUUUGCAUCAGCCAACCAGAGACAAGGAGCGAGAGAGAAGACAUCAGGAUCGUGCCCUGGCUAUGUACAAGAAUGUUCUUCGGAAUGAUCCUCGCAACAUUUGGGCUGCCAAUGGUAUAGGGGCUGUUUUAGCACACAAGGGAUGCAUCAAUGAAGCUCGUGACAUAUUUGCACAAGUAAGAGAAGCCACUGCAGACUUCUGUGAUGUCUGGUUAAACAUUGCCCACAUAUAUGUAGAACAGAAGCAGUAUGUUGGAGCAAUACAAAUGUAUGAAAACUGCCUAAGAAAAUUCUACAAGUAUCACAAUGUCGAAGUGUUGCAGUAUCUAGCUAGAGCCUACUUUAAGGCAGGGAAGCUGAAGGAAGCAAAAAUGACAUUUCUUAAGGCUCGACGUGUGGCUCCGCAGGAUACAGUACUCCUCUAUAAUAUUGCCCUUGUGCUGCAGAGGCUUGCUACCCAAAUUCUGGAAGAUCAGAAGUCCACUUUGGAGACAGUGUUGCAGGCUGUCCAUGAGCUUGGACUAUCACACAAAUAUUUCCAGUACUUAUCAGUACAUGGAGAUCGUUUAAGAUAUGAUGUUAACAUAGCAGCACAAGAAGCUAAUAAGUGUCAAGAUCUGUUGUCACAAGCUCAGUAUCAUGUGGCACGUGCCCGUAGAGUAGAUGAAGAAGAACGACAACUGCGUCGCAAACAAGAAGAAGAGCGCGAAGCCUUUAGGCUUAAACAAGUUGAGGAACAGAAAAAACUGGAAGAAAAAAGAAGGCUGGAAAUGGAGGAGAUGUUAAAGAAACGCCAAGAGUUCAGAGAAAAAACAAAGAAUGCACUUCUCUUUGGUGAGAUGCCAGCUGAAAAGCCUGGAAAGAAAGGAAAGAAGAAGACUGAUGUAUAUGUUUCAGAUUCAGGAGGAAGUGAUGGAGGGAAUGUUGAUAGGGAAAUCAAUCGUGAGAAAGGAAAGAAACGUAAAAAGAAUAAUCUUGAUGGAGAGAAGCGAGGCCGGAAGAAAGGUCCUGGAACAAAGAAACGGCGUGAUAAACAUGCCAGAGAUAACAGCUCUGGAUCUGAUGAAGAUCGUCCGAAGGCUCCAAGGGGUCGAAAGCCACGGAAGGAAAGGGAACCAAAACCAAAAGUUAGAAAGGCAAAGAAGAACGACGAUGGAAUUCCAGCUAAACUUAAGAGCCGUAUUGUAUCAAAAGCUACAAUUUCCACCAGCGAAUCUGACAGUGACAGUCACCAGUUAAAGAUUGCUAGUGGUGGUGACAGUGAAAGUGGAAGCGAUCGGCCACCAAAGGGAAAGAAGAGACGCAUUGGAUCCAACUCGAGCCGUUCUCGGUCUCGAUCAGGCUCAAGAUCAGAGAAAUCUCGCUCUCGGUCACGUUCUGGUAGUGGCUCAAGGUCUCGUUCAGGAAGCAGAUCUGUUUCAAGAUCCAGAUCAAGGAGUCAUUCAAAAUCUAAGAGCCCAUCUCACUCCCGAUCUGCUUCGAGAUCACGGUCUCGAUCUAAAUCUAAAAGUGUGUCACGUUCAAGAUCAAGGUCAAAAAGUGGUUCACGCUCCAGAUCAAGGUCAAAAAGUGGUUCACGCUCCAGAUCAAGAUCGAAAAGUGUCUCACGAUCUAGAUCAGGAUCAAGAUCCAGAAGUGGUUCACCAAGUGGUUCAGCAAAGUCAAAAUCACGAUCUAGGUCUCCUGGAUCAAAAAAAUCUGGAUCAGGGAGUGAAGCUGGAUCAAGACGGUCCAGCCCUGCCGCAAAAGGGUCAGACGAUGAGAGAAAUUCUGGCAGUGGCAGUGACUAAAAGAUCUCAGCAUACAUUGGAACAUAUUUUUAAUCCUUUGCAGUGGAUUAUUUCAUAUACUGUUGCAAUCACAAAUGCUGUGCUCAAAGUACAACAUGGUUUUAAAAUAUAUGGUUGUGUAAUGACAACAGACUCAAAAAGAAGUACUAUUUUAAUGAAACUGUAUAAAAUAUUUCAUUAUUACUAUUUAGGAUUAGCUGACCUGUAUAAAUUUAUUUACAUAUGCAUGUAAAGUACGUUUUUUAUUUGUGUACAGAUUUUAAAAGAUACACUAUCUUUCAAAAUGUU